AUGCGUGAUGAUAUUGAUGGAUUACUUCAUGAUACAUUCAGAAAUGUAGAAGGUGAACCGGUACAAGAAGAAGGGAUGAGAGAGGCUCUAUCUGAAGAUGCUAAGAAAUUUUUUAAAUUAUUAGAGGAAGGGAAACAAGAGUUAUAUCCCGGGUGUGAAAACUUUAGUAAACUGAGUUUCACCAUCCGGUUGUACUUGUUUAAGUCUUUGCAUGGGUUGAGUAAUGUAGCCUUUUCAGACUUGUUAGAGUUGUUAAAAGAGGAAUUUCCUUUUGCUAAGCUGCCAGAGUCUUUCAACAAUGCUAAAAAUAUGAUAAAAGAUGUGGGUCUUCAUUAUGAAAAAAUACAUGCAUGUCCUAAUGAUUGCAUGCUAUUUUGGAAUAACAAUGCAAAGGCUGAUAAUUGCUCUAUUUGUGGGUCUUCUAGAUGGAAAAGUUGUAAUCGUGCCUUGACUAAUACAAGUUUUAAAGUUCCUGCAAAGGUUUUAAGGUACUUUCCCUUGAAGCCUAGGCUUCAGAGGAUAUUCAUGUGUCCUGAAACAGCUAUUGCAAUGAGAUGGCAUGCUAAUGAACGGCCUAAUGAUGGGAAUAUGAGGCAUCCUGCUGAUGGAGAAGCUUGGAAGGAUUUCGAUUCUCUACAUCCUGACUUCUCCAAAGAUCCACGUAAUGUUAGGUUGGGUCUUUCAAGUGAUGGUUUCAACCUAUUUCGAACCAUGAGCAUAUCUCAUAGCACGUGGCCUGUCAUGUUAAUGAACUAUAAUUUAUCACCAUGGAUUUGCAUGAAGCCAGAAUAUAUCAUGUUGUCAAUGAUCAUUCCAGGUCCUUCAUCUCCAGGAAAUGAUAUAGAUGUGUACUUACAACCACUUAUUGCAGAAUUAAAGGAACUAUGGGAAACUGGGAUAGAAACAUAUGAUGCUGAGACAAAGCAAACAUUUCAAAUGCGUGCAGCCUUGUUGUGGACAGUUAGUGAUUUUCCGGCAUUAGCAAUGCUUUCAAGAUGGAGCACCAAGGGGAGGUUGGCAUGCCCUACUUGUAAUUAUGACACAUGCUCUCUAUAUCUCAAACACAGUCAUAAGAUGUGUUACAUGGGCCAUCGAAGAUUUUUGCCUCAUAAUCAUCCUUUGCGGAAAGAUAAGAAGUCAUUUGAUGGUAAGGAGGAACAUAGACCUACACCUACUCCUUUGUCGGGUGUAGAAGUGUUUCAAGAGUUGCUUGAAUUCAACAAUGUUUUUGGAAAGGGCAAAAAGAAAAGAUCUCUGGAUAACGAGGGUCCGUGGAAAAAAAGAUCAUUUUUUUGA